UCUCAGUGCUCUACUGUUCUCCCCGAGGUCUCAGAGUCUCUCAACCAUGGCCGAAAGCGAGACCCCUAAAACGAGGCGUCGACCGCUGGUGCGGUUGGGGAUCUUCCUCAUUUCCCACAGCCUCCUCGUAAGCGUUGUUUGCUGUACAGCGGGGGUUCUGGCUCUAUUACUCUUGCCUGUUCUCGCCAAGAAUACCUAUAUUUCUGAAAAUGCCCUUAUGCCAGGUUCUGCCAAUGCCAUGCUCUCUUCUGAAGACAUCUCAGAGGCACAUAGAUUCAUGAAUGAUUUAACUGGUUUGAAUUUGAAAACCGGUGAAACAGGCAUAGAAAGUUCAAGACUUAUAGCACGGUACAUGUCAGACUUGGGUGCUGACGUUAAUUAUCACAAGUUCCACCCUCAACCGAAUCAGUUUCGUCCCCUGCACUUCUUUUCCAACUCUGAUUCUAGGAUAAUUCAAGAGAACAUCGGUUGUUCAUCACAUGGUGUUAAUACUGUCGGAAUAAUAAGAGCUCCCCGUGGUGAUGGGAAGGAAGCUAUUGUCUUGGUGACACCUUAUAAUUCUCAUAAGAUUGAUCUGGCUGAGGCUUUAUCAUUGGCUAUUGCGUACUCAGUAUUCUCCUUACUUACCCGAGUUACAUGGCUGGCCAAGGAUAUUAUAUGGCUCGCUGCAGAUUCAAAAUAUGGAGAAUAUACUUCAGUAUCUGCAUGGCUAAGAGAUUAUCAAACACCUGUAUUUGGUGAUUUUGAGAAACCAUAUUCUGAGAUUUGUUAUGAAAGCAAUGCUUGUCAUGGAUUGAAAGAGAGUGAAAUUACAGAGAGAAAAAUAUCUGAUGUUUUUAGACGUGCUGGGACUAUGGCUGCUGCUCUUGUCAUUAAGGUUUCAGAUGGAAACAAACAGGCUGACGGCACACUCAGUAUAUAUGCUGAAGCUUCUAAUGGUCAGAUGCCAAACCUAGAUCUCAUUAAUAUUGUGAACAAUUUAGCAGUACAUAGGCAAGGUUUGCAAGUAAAAGUAGAGAAAUUGUUGUCUUUACUCGACUCCAAAUGGCUAAGGAUUUUGGGUGAGGUUUUUGAGUCAGUAGGAAAUAUAGCUAGGAGCUUAAAUCCCCAAUGGAAAUUUGGUAUUCCUGCUGCAGAUUAUAUGGAAGGAGCUGCCACACUUACAAGUUCUUUGUAUUACCAGGCAUUGGGUGUUCCCACUGGCUCCCAUGGUGCUUUUCGUGAUUACCAAGUCGAUGCAAUUACUUUGGAGAUUUCACCUAAAGUUGCUUUGAAUAAUAAGAUCAAGCAAACAGAGUUUCUUCAGCGUGGUGGCCGGUUGAUUGAAGGAGUCAUACGAUCAGUUAACAACCUCCUUGAGAAGUUCCACCAGUCAUUUUUUCUUUACCUUUUAACAUCUCCUAGCAAGUUCGUUUCAGUAGGAGUCUAUAUGAUUGCUUUUGCACUCCUUGUUGCACCUCUUCCAAUAGUUGCAGCUUCUCUCUAUUCUGAUGCUAAUAAAUGGGAUUCUAGUCUGAAGAAACAUGACCCUACUUCUUCCCCAAAGUCUGCUGAUGAUGAGCGUAGAAACAUCCUUCGAUCUUGGAAAUGGCUUUAUGCAGCAAAACAAGUAUUCAUUAUCCAUUCUUGGGGUGUUAUUGUGUCGUUACUUCCUUAUUUGAUAUGUCAAAUGCCCAACUGGAUGAGCAAAGUUCUAACCUGGCUUAUUUUGGGUUCGCCAAUUAUAGAUGCUGAUGCGUCUCAAUCUCAGAAAAGGGAAUGGGCUAUCUUGAAAUCAGUGACAAUCUCAGCUGCAUUUAUUGGUUUGUGCCUUAUGUCUGUUAUUAACUUCGCCACUGCAGAGAUUGGGGCUUUAUUGUUGGUACCAAUGUGUUUAUUAGCUCAUCCAUUGAGGCUGGAUGUUAGAGCUCAUAGUUUGAAAGCUUUCACCAGGGCAGGUUCUAAUCUGGUUCUGGGAUUCAUUGGAUUUCCACCUGCUGCAUUUUUUGUGUUGAAAGGUUCAUUUGAAGGUUUUGAAAGUGUCAACAUCAGCGACUUCUGGAAUUGGAUCGAGUCCCUUUGGGCAUGGAACAGUGCCACUUACCUUUAUAUAGGUAUGGUUCACCUGCCUUGCUGGGCAUUAUGCAUUUGGAUUUUGCUUCAUCCUUGUUAACACUUCCUCCUAGUUUUGUGCUGUGCAUUAUUAGUUAGAGCUGAAAAAGACGGAUUAAGGCCCUUUUUAUAUUAAUUUGUGUGGGGUGUGUACUCUCCAUCAUCUGAAUUUUACAUUGGAAA